GUUUGUGGCUGCGAAAUGGGAGAAGAAGUAGUAUUUAGAGACAUAAGAAGAUAUUACUGUCAUUUUUGUGGGCUUUGUCGCUCUAAAAAGUCCUUAAUCGCCUCUCAUAUUCACUCUCAUCAUCAAGAUGAAAUGGAACAGAAAGAUGAAGCAAAUGAAGAUGCAAAGAGAACAGAUGGCUCAAAAAUGAAUGCUUGUGAAGAAUGUGGUGUGAGCUUUCAGAAGCCUGCCCAUUUGAAGCAACAUAUGCAAAGUCAUUCACUUGAGAGACCAUUCGUAUGUCAUGUAGAUGACUGCCAGUCCAGCUACCGUAGAAAAGAUCACUUGACAAGACAUCUCUUGCAGCACCAAGGGAAGUUAUUUGAAUGUCCUGUUGAUGGCUGCAAAAGCACAUUUAGUUUUCAAGGCAACAUGACUCGUCAUGUCAAAGAGAUGCAUGACCAGUCUGCCUCCCCUGAUGUCGAUCAUCCGAAGCAGUAUGUCUGUUCAGAAGCUGGUUGUGGAAAGGUGUUUAAAUAUGCGUCCAAAUUAAGGAAACAUGAAGAUUCUCAUGUUAAGUUGGAGUCGGUGGAGGCGCUGUGUUUAGAGCCAGGAUGUAUGAAACAUUUCACAAAUGAGAAAUGCCUCAAGGAACACAUAGAGAGUUGCCACCAACAUGUUGUGUGUGAAAUAUGUGGGAGCAAGCAAUUGAAGAAGAAUAUUAAGCGGCAUCUUCGCACACAUGAUGAAGGGCCUGUAUCGGCGAGAAUAAAUUGUGAAUUCGAGGAUUGUCAGCACACUUUCUCCACCAGGUCAAAUCUUGCUCAACACAUCAAAGCCGUGCACAUGGGGGCUAAACCAUUCUCAUGUAGCAUUUCCGGUUGUGGUAUGAAAUUUGCCUUCAAGCAUGUGAGAGAUAAACAUGAAAAGUCAGGCUGCCAUGUUUAUACUCCUGGAGAUUUUGAGGAGGUUGAUGAGCAAUUCCUGUCUAGACCAAGAGGCGGUAGGAAGAGGGAGCCUACUCUUUUUGAGUCAAUUAUGCGGAAAAGGAUUACACCACCCUCUCUCGUGGUUACACUCAGUGGAAUCAGCUGAUCAACUCUGAGUAUUCUAGGGCGGUUGUUUAGCGGAUUCCUAGCGUUGUAUAUGUGUUCACAAGUUAAAUUUAGCGAACUACAUGUUAUAUAAUAUAAUGGAGAAGUGUUGUAUCCUAAACUGGCUGAAUCUUUCCUACAUUUCAUUGUACC